CGCGGUUGCGUUAGUUUUGUUCCACUUCCGCAUUACGCAUUUCUGUGUAGCCUUUUAGCUGUUUAUACUCUUCUCUGACACAUUUACUGUGGAAAAGCAAGUUAAUUGUUCCGGAGAAAUAACGUUGUUAUAUCGACGCUUGCAUCUAAAACAUUCGGAUUCGUUUACUGAUUUUUUAAAAACAUAUUACUGCGGCCUUUUUCAUGACAAAGUCAACCAGGAAGCAACAUCAACACAGGAGGACUGACUGCAUCGUCUUCUAGAGCUGUAACUUUUCUGUCAGUGCGUGUGUGUGUGAGAAACACAAAGCUGUUUCUACUCAUCCACGAAGAAAGAAGUGAUGAAGUUGUUCUGCUGUUCCUGUGACAAGUCCCUGCUGCUGUGGACUCUGAUGCUACAGCUGCUUCUGUUUAAAAAUGUCAUCUGUGCUGAGGGCAUCAACAACUGCAAACUCCUCUACGAGUCAAAAUCAGACUGGAAAAUCCUCAAACAACUAGAGCCACUCGUAGGUAAAAACUUCAGCGUUGUGAACACCACUGCAGGGGAAAGCUACACAUAUGUGUUUCAGUUGUGUGGGGAUGCAGGAGGUGUUCCAGGUGCAGGGAUUAUUCAAGUGGACAGCAAGGGCGAUGCCAAGAAGACGACUGUGAUCGGCAUGUACAACGCAACACAAGCCUUCGGAGGAGAUGACUUGAUGAUGUUGAUCUACCAAAAUGGCGAAGCAUAUGAUUCUCACUGUUCCAAGGAGAACCGAAGAGCGUUUGUGAUGAUCUCAUGCAACAGGGACAAAGUGGGCCAGCUGGAGGUGCUUCUGGAGGAAAGGGAGAGGCAACAGGACUGUUUUUACCUUUUUAAGUUGGAGUCGAGCUCUAUUUGCCCAGCUCUUCCGUCCGGGCUCAGCACAGGCUCCAUAUUACUCAUCAUCAUGAUUUGUUUUCUGGCUAUUUACCUUGUUGGAGGAUUCCUGUAUCAGCGGCUGAUCGUUGGAGCCAAAGGAGUUGAACAAUUUCCCAACCACAACUUCUGGGUGGAGGUUGGGAACCUGUCUGCGGACGGGUGUGACUUUGUGUGCCGGUCACGCAGUCGAGAGGAACCCUCAGCCUACACCGGACUUCCCUCAGAACCUGUGGAGGAGGAGCCAGAGGAGAGAGACGACCACUUGCUACCCAUGUGACCUCAAUGUGAUAGAAAAAUGGGAUGAAAAUCUUUCACCAUGUGAUGAAGUUUACUCUUUCACAGAUGAGAUGAAAUUGCUGUUAGACAUGUGUCUGCUUCUGUUCCUUAUUAUGGUCUGGUUUGCGUUGAAAACCAGUUCUCAGACUUGCGCCUUGAGCAACUGCUGUUGACCUGCGCUUUGUGUGAAAGGAUUGUUACUCACAGACCAGAGUGUACUAUACUCCAUACAUUUCAUGCUAAGACCUUUGGUCUAUAACUCGUAAGUUGGCCAAUGCUCCAUAUGCCACAGUGAGAGUCUGACAUUGCUCACUUUGAAUCCUGACCACAAUGGAGCACAUAAAUUCAGGAUAUAUUCUAUAAUUAUUUAAAGUUGUUCAUUUCUACUUGGCUAAUUGUGUCGCAGCAACCUGUUCUUCCUGAUGUCCUGGUUGUGCACUGACAGUGGGAGGCUCUAAAAAACACAGAAGUGCUUUUGCUUGCUGGCUUUAGUUGGUUAGUUGUAAGACGAUCACUGAUAUCUGAGCACAGUGGUUUAUAUGAUAAGAAAAUCACUGGAGGUGUCUGGCAUUUCCAGACUGGAGUAGACUUAACGCUCACUUUAUUUUUUCGGAAAGCACUUGUGCUAACAUCUAUAAACUGGUUAUUUUUGUCAGGCCUAAUCAUCGCGGUCCUUCAUCUGUCUAUCACACAGAUCAACCAUGUGUCACAUUUCCUGUGUUACAUCUUUCUGAUCGUUGAUUUUAGGCCAGUUGAUGAUUUGAUGCUUUUCUCAGAAAAAUGUUUCCGUGAAUAAUCUGUACAUUGGUCUGUAUUUAGAUUAGAGUAAAUUAAAUGUACUGCAAAAUAUGUUCAUAAUCACAGGCACUUACACCAAACCAUUAGUCAAAAACUACUGUUUUACCAAAUCUAAACGCUUUCGAUUAAGUGACUACAGCUAUCUAUGAAUAUGUUAUAUUAUAGAUAUUUCUUCAUAAAGUCGAUAUUGUCAAACAAGGCGAUUAGAAAGUAAAGCAGAGUUUUGUAACAUCACGCCUACACCUGGAGAUGUCAGUGAAGCAGGUCUUUGUGUUACAUUCAUGGAUCAUGUUUAUCAGUUUGUCUUUUGCACUUUGUCUUGGUUGGCAGUUCGUGUUUCAGUGAACAGUAUCCUAAAUCACAGUGUGGUGGUCAGUCUUACACUUCUGGACACCUUCAGAUUUUCUACCUUGUUUUUCACCCAUUCACUUGUGUUUUUGUCCUCAUUGCUUUAUAAUAUAAUGUGAAACCUGUAACUAUUUUUUUUGUUGUAGUUUUGAAAUCACAUCACACACCAAAUUGCAAUCACAUUCGUGCAUUUCAUGGUCUUUAAUAAAAACACAAUUAAGAAUAA